AUGCUCCGCUUUCUCUACAACCAGUUCUUCGUCGAACCCGAACCACCCUCUCCCUCGACCUCCUUCGUCGACCAAGUCGUCAUCGUUACUGGCGCCAAUGUGGGCCUCGGCCUCGAAGCCGCACGCUCCAUCACUCGUCUCGGCGCGAGCAAGGUCAUUCUCGCUGUUCGGAACGUCGUCGCGGGCGAAGCGGCCCGGAAAUCCAUCGAGGAAUCCACCGGACGCAGAGGGACAUGUGAAGUAUGGCCGUUGGAUCUAGCAUCAUAUGCGUCAGUGAUUGCAUUUGGACGUCGGGUGGAUGAACUGUCUCGACUGGACGUGGUGCUUGCGAAUGCUGCCGUCGCGACAGAUAGGUUCCAAAUCGCGGAAGACCACGAGCUCAGUAUCACUGUUAAUGUGAUCAGCACGGUUCUUCUGGGUCUGUUGGUAUUACCGAAGAUGCGUGACACAGUGAAGAGGUUCCCAGGGAAUGGUACCACAAAGCCGAAACCGCAUCUCACGGUGGUGGUUAGCGAGACUCACGCAUUCGCGACCUUCCCUGAAUGGAGACAAGAUCGUAUCUUGGCUGCCUUAGACGAUGAGGAUAAUACUAGCAUGUGGGAGCGGUAUCCUACCUCCAAACUGAUGGAAGUUCUAGCCAUCAGGGAACUGGUUUCCCGGGUGCGAGACGACGCGGUGAUUAUCAAUAUGGUGAAUCCGGGUCUCUGUCAUUCGCAACUGACUCGUAAUGCCAGCUGGAGUAUGGCAGUGAUGAAGUUUUUCCUGGCCCGGACGACGGAGGUGGGCAGCCGCACGUUAGUGGCUGGAGUCGCUGCAGGAUCAGAGUCGCAUGGAGAGUACAUGAGUAAUGGGGAGGUAGCAUCGCAGGAAUUGUCGGCUUUUGUGCGUAGAGAUGAUGGACAGACAGCGCAGAAGAAGAUCUGGAAGGAGCUUUCGGAGAUAUUUGAGGCGAUUCAACCAGGAAUCAUGGAGAAUUUGUAA